UCAAUACGGAAGCGGCGGGGUACUAGAGGGGUCCUACUGCUAGUGGGUGCAGGCCAUGGGGCAACCCUGGGCGGUGGGGACCGCGGAGGCGGCUCCCGCGCGGCUGCCCCUCGUGCUCACCGCGCUUUGGGCCGCGGCGGUGGGCCUGGAGCUGGCUUACGUGUUAGUGCUAGGCCCCGGGCCACCUCCGCUGGGACCCUUGGCCCGAACCCUGCAGGUUGCGCUGGCAGCCUUCCAGCUGCUCAACCUACUGGGCAACGUGGGGCUCUUCCUGCGCUCGGACCCCAGCAUCCGGGGUGUGAUGCUGGCCGGCCGUGGUCUGGGCCAGGGCUGGGCUUACUGCUACCAGUGCCAAAGCCAGGUGCCCCCGCGCAGUGGGCACUGCUCCGCCUGCCGUAUCUGCAUCCUCCGCCGGGACCACCACUGCCGCCUGCUGGGCCGCUGUGUGGGCUUCCGCAACUACCGGCCCUUCCUGUGUCUCCUGCUCCACGGUGCGGGCGUCCUGCUGCACGCCUCUGUGCUGCUGGGCCCGGCCCUGUCGGCCCUGCUGCGAGCCCACACACCCCUCCAUACCGCCGCCCUGCUCCUGCUGCCCUGGCUCAUGUUGCUCACAGGAAGAGUGUCUCUGGCGCAGUUCGCCCUGGCCUUCGUGACCGACACGUGCGUGGCGGGCGCGCUGUUGUGCGGGGCCGGACUGCUCUUUCACGGGAUGCUGCUGCUCAGGGGCCAGACCACGUGGGAGUGGGCUCGGGGCCAGCACGCAUACGACCUGGGCCCCUGCCACAACCUGCAGGCAGCUCUGGGGCCCCGCUGGGUCCUCGUCUGGCUCUGGCCCUUCCUGGCCUCCCCGUUGCCAGGGGACGGGAUCACCUUCCAGACCACAGCCGACGUGGGACUCAUGGCUUCCUGACUCCAGGAAGCGCCUGAGCUUGUACAAGCUGCACAAGGCGAGCAGGAGAGAGGACUCGUAACUCGUUUCAGGCCCACCCCCACCCCUAGCCUCAGAGGGAGGCAGGCUGGUACUUGAUGCCUGCUUUCAGCAACUCCCAUUGCCACGCUUGGGCUUGCCCUUGCCCAGCUUGGACUCCUAGGGUCCAGGGCUUGAGCCCUGGGAUUCAGCCUCUGUUAGUGGCCCCUGAGAACCAUGAAAGGUCUGGCAAGGGGCUGCUUGGCCUGCCUGGCUGCCCCAUUGCCAGGUUAAUAAAGUGCCCACUUGGUUCUGGGACUCCCUCCAGCUUUGUGGGUUUUUGGUCCUCCUCGGUGGCCCAGGCUGCUGUUUUUGUUUCCUUUGACUGUCAGACCUGGGAACCACAGAAUGCCUGAGGGCGUGAGGAUCCAGAGCUCUGCUUCCUGUGGCCUUGGGGCAGGGGGGCUGGGGAGUUGGGGUACAGCAGGCUAAGGCAGAAUGUAGUGAUCCAGGGUAUGAGAACCCACAAUUCUUCCCCAGGUUGAGUGCUUUAUAGUGAGGAGCUUUUCAACAGCCACAACCUCACUGAACUUGUCUCCAGCUAACCCGGUAUCCUGGACAGCAAUUAUGCCAGUGAAGAACUUAUGAGCUAUGAGAGUUGAUGUGGUAAGAUUUCACAGGGUAGUAAAUGGAGGAGUCUGGAUAUGAACCCAGAUCUUUGCAGUUUGUACUUCACCCUUUUUUGCCUGACCAAAAAAAUCAAGGCAGAGAAAUUGGGGUGGUGGGGGGAGGGAUGUUCAAGCAUCUGUCUAGGAUGGUGCCGAGACGGCUAAGCUCCUCUCUGGUCUCUUCAGGAGCUCCUUGUUAAACACUUAUUUAAAUAUAGUAAGUAGACACUUCAGUUACAUGUGGCAGAUUUAGCUUUGUGAGUUUACUUGUUUCCUCUUAAAAUCUAAAAUGAUAAUAAAGAAAUGAAAAAUGAUGUAAAUUUACAAAGAGAAAAUAGGGAGACAGCAGUAGACCAAAAAACCUGACAACAGUUUGAGAUGAAAAGUGGAUAGAGGCUCAUUUACUCUCCUAGAGAACCAGACACUGCAAUUAAGUGUUCCCCGAGGGAGGGGCCGAGAGGCCACCAAAUCCCCCACCCUCCACCCUGAGCCCUGGAGAGGCCCUGGGGUUCCACCAGCACCAUGGAAGGUGAGGUUUGGGGCUGACAAGAGGGACUGUGAGGAACAGCUAGGAUCUCCCUCCCCCCAGGACCCAUCUGACCCCUUGCAGCCAAGCAGCUACCCCACUGGGGUGGAGGUGUGGGCUUUUGAAGCAGCUUUGUGUCCUGGGGAAACUGGGGAGGGUGGGGGUGAGGGGCUGGACCAAAAGUGGGGUUAAGUGAAAAUCUACAAAUGCGGCUGGGGCAGGGGGUAGUCCUCCACUGACAUGGCAGGUUGCCUUCCAAGAGCCCUCAGAGAAGCCCAAGGCUCUGCCCACGUCCACGAAGGUUUGAGCUGCUAGGACUUCUUUGCUUUUCUAAACAGUGUGCACUAUUACUAUUUAACUCGGUUAGGAACUUUGUGUCGAGGAAGGCAACAGCACCCCACUCCAGUACUCUUGCCUGGAAAAUCCCAUGGAUGGAGGAGCCUGGUGGGCUGCAGUCCAUGGGGUCGCUAGGAGUCAGACAUGACUGAGCGACUUCACUUUUACUUUUCACUUUCAUGCACUGGAGAAGGAAAUGGCAACCCACUCCAGUGUUCUUGCCUGGAGAAUCCCAGGGACAGGGAAGCCUGGUGGGCUGCCGUCUCGGGUCACACAGAGUUGGACAUGACUGAGGCGACUUAGCAGCAGCAGCAGCAGCAGCAGCAGCAGGAACUUGGUGUAGCUGUCUCUUUGUACAUAAGCACUGGCAGACUUGCCAUUUCCUUCUCUGCUUUACCCCCAUCCUCUAGAAUCUUUUCUUGUUUUGUUUGGUUUUGAACUAAAUAGUGAAGAGAUGCAAGGAAAUAUUUCAAGACAAAGAACACCCUCCCUACCCCCAUUUCAGAAAUGGAUACAACUUCCCCGGCAGCCCAGUGGUUGAGACUCCGCGGCUCCCAAUGCAGGUGGAUACCGUGUGGUCCCUGCUGUGCCUGUCCCUGGUAGAGGACACACCGUGCUCUCAGUCAUUCCCUUGCUUGCUUUGUGAUUUUAUUAUAGAUGUUCUGUUUUGCAUGUUUCCGACUUUUAUAUAAAUGAAGCUAUACCAUGUUUAUUUGACUGCAAUUUGCUUUUUCCUUUAAUACCAUGUAUCUGAGAUUUAUCCAAAUUAACAUGUGUAGCUGUAAGGCAUUCUUUUCCUUGCUGUAUAGUGAUCCAUCAAAUAUACAAUUUAUUUUUCUCUUUUGUCCCACUGAUCAUUUUAUCUACCUGUGUGUGUUCUCCUAAGAUCUAUAGUUGGCCCUUGCUCUUCUAUAUAAAUUUUAGAAUCAGCUUGUUGCAUUCCAUCAAUAAAAACCCCUUUUAAAUUGUGAUGGAACCCAACUGAAUCUAUAUAUCAGUUUGGGGAAAAUCAGCAUGAGAUUGAAGUUUCCAGUCGUGAACAUGGUGUAUCUCUCCAUUUAAUGUUUUCAAUAAAGUUACUUUUUCUCAUAAAUUGGUUAAACUUAAGUACUUCAUAUUGUGCUGCUGUUAUUCAUGGUUUAUGAAAAUAAUUUUUUGUCCAAGAAACCUGAAAUUUAUGAUUUACUUGAAAAUUCUGAGUUCUCUGUAUGUAUAAUCAUCUCUGUGAAAAGGUACUCUUAUUUUUCUUGCCUCUCUCUGUCUGGGUGGAGAAAAGUGUGGGCACCCUUGACUUGUUUCUGACAUUAGAGGGAAUAAUUUCAGUAUUUCAUCAUAAAAUAUAUUUGCUGGUUUUUGAAAAAAAAAACAACAACAACUCAUUAGGCUGAGAAAUUUCCUUUCUAUUCCAAAUAUGUUGAGUUUUUAUCCUUAUACUUUCAUUCUCUGCCUCCUAAGAAUGGUCUGAAUAUGGAUUUUUACGUUUUCUAUUUGAAGUAGUCACUUUUAUCUAUUUUAAUUGUUAUUGGAUAAAUUUCUACCCCUUUAUUUUGUGCCAUCGCCUCUUUUCCAGUUUUUUACUUUUUUAUUUAAAGUUGUUUUUUGCUGGAUGUAGAAUUCCAGGCUAAUAGUUAUUUCCAGUCAAUAUACUGAAAGCUUUGUUCUGUCUUUAUGGUCUCCAUUUUGUUGUCCUCACUGUUCCUUUGAAGAUACUUUUUGUCUCCAGCCGUUUUAAAGGUUUUUUCUCUUUGGUAUUCUGCCGCUUUACUGCGAUGUGUCCCAGUGUGGUCUUCUUUGUACUUAUCUUAAUGGGAUUCCUCGGGUUUCCUGAUUCUAUGAAUUGAUCUUUCAUCUGUUCUAGAAAACCGUCUUCUCUUCAAUUCUCAGUCAUCUCUGUCCCCUGGAACUCUGAUUAGACCUUCCUACUCCAUCCUCCUUGCCUCUUAUAUAGCUCAUAUUUUCUGUUUCUGGUAUUCUGGAUAAUUUCUACAAAUCUGUCUCCCAGUUAAGUCUUUCUUCAGCUGCUAAACCAGCCUAUUGAAGUUUUUUUUUUUGUUUCUGUUUUUAGUGGUUGUACCCACUUAUCUGUUGAGUUUUACCUGUCAAAUAUUUUAUCAUUUCUAGAAAUUGUUUGGUUCCUUUUCAGAUUUGCUUAUUUAUAUACUCUUGCUGUCUUACAUUUUGUUUCCUUUUUCUUUAAAUAUAUUGAAAGCACAUAUAUCAUUUGGGAAUUCCAGUACCUUAAGUUUCUGAGGCCUGAUAUUGCAGGUUUAUUGUUUGCUCUUGCUCACAGUGCCAUAUUUUCCUGCAGUUCAUGAGUUGUGACUGUGAAUUCAUACUUUUUGGAAUUUUAUCAAUGGGGAUUUUUUGAGAUUAAGAGUAAAUUCCUCCGCAGAGGAAAUACGUUUAUCAGUUGCCUGAUGACAAAUCAACCUGGCACUUUAAAUUCUCAGCUAGGGGUGGUAUGGCUCACCCAGGUAUUGUCAAUUCAGGCUGCAGACUUCUUCAGGGAGGCAUGUGGUUAAAAGUUUUCAGGAGAGAUUUUUUUUUCCCCCUCUCUUCUACCCAGUACUAGACUUGGAAAUAGGCAGUUUCUUUUGUUGAUUCUAUUAAGAUUUCAAAGAACCAGCUUUUGGUUUUCAUUGCUUUUUCUCUGUUGAUUUCCUAGUUUUGAUCUCUUUGAUUUCUGCUCUUUUUAUUUUGGAUUUACUCUUGCUCUUCUUUUUCUCGUUUCCCAUGGUGGAAAUGUAAAUUAUUGAUUUUAGGUCUUUUGUCUUUUCUAACAUAUCCAUUCAGUGCUACAAAUUUCCCUCUCAGCAAUGCUUUCACUGCACCCACAAAUUUUGAUAAAUUGUUUUCAUUUUAAUUUAGUUCAAAAUAUUUUAACAUUUGAGAUUUCUUCUUUGACCCAUGUAUUAUUUAGAAGACUACCGUUUAAUCUGCAAGUAUUUUUAAAUUUUCCAAUUAUUUUUCUGUUACUGAUUUACAUUUUAGUGUGAGAGCAGACACUUCAUAAUUUCUAUUAAAUCUGUUAAAGUGUUUUUUAUGGUCCAGAAUAUGAUCUGUCUUGGUGAAUGUUCUAUGUGAGCUCCAAAAAAAUGUGUAUUUUAGUGUUGUUGAAGUAGUCUGUAGAUGUCAAUUAAAUCCAGUUGAUUGAUGGUGUUGAACUUAA